UAAUAAUAAUAAUAAUCCCAGCACUGCUAUGUUAAAAACAGAGUAAGUAUCAGGAACUAACUUUGACCAACAGAAACAAGGGAAACAUGUAGAUAUAACCACAUGCAGUCGCAUGAUCUCAAAAAAAAAACAUAUAUAUAAGAAUUAUUACCAAACAAGGAAAGGAGUAGGAACUAAAUGUGCAUGUUUGCUCUAGUAGAUUACCAAAACUGAAAUUAUUACCAAAUAAACACCUCUUCUUGUACUGCUAAUAUAUAUAAGAAUUGAAUUGCUACUCCCCACCGGAUCCGAUCAGCGACAGCGACCAUGGCCGGCACGCUCCUGUCCAUCGCGCAGCAGACCCGCUUCGCGCUCUGCCUCGCCGCUGCCUUCUCCUCUCCCGCUCUCCCUGUCAGCAACAACACCAACGCCGUCUUCUCCCCGCUCUCGCUCCACGUCGCGCUCAGCCUCCUCGCCGCCGGCUCGGGCGGCGCCACGCGCGACCAGCUGCUCGCCGCACUCGCCGCCGGAGCCCAUGGGCCGGACGCAGCAGAUAGCCUGCACGCGCUCGCCGACCAGGUGGCGCGGAACGUCAUGGCCGACGGGUCCGAGGCGGGCGGCCCACGGAUCGCCUUCGCCGACGCCGUCUUGGCGGACGCGUCGUGGAAGCUGAACCCGGCCUUCCAGGAGCUCGCCGUGGGAAAGUACAAGGCCCACACCCACUCCGUCGACUUCCAGAAAAAGGCUGCAGAAGUUGCUGCUCAAGUGAACACAUGGGUAGAGGAAGUCACCUCAGGUACAAUCAAAGAGCUUCUGCCACCGGGCUCUGUUGAUGAAUCCACUAGGCUGGUUCUUGGCAAUGCACUCUAUUUCAAAGGAGCUUGGACUAACAAGUUCGAUGCAUCUGAAACAAGAGACGGUGAGUUCCACCUUCUUAACGGGACUUCAGUUGGAGCACCUUUCAUGUCCAGCAGAGACGACCAAUAUAUGGCAUCUUACGGCGACUUGAAGGUGCUCAGGCUUCCGUAUGAGCAAGGUGGUGAUAAGAGGCAGUUCUCCAUGUACAUACUUCUUCCAGAAGCACAGGAUGGCCUCUGGAGCUUGGCUGAAAAGUUGAGUUCUGAACCUGAGUUCCUGGACAGGCAUAUCCCAACGAGGAAGAUUCCAGUUGGGCAGAUCAAAGUCCCCAAGUUCAAGAUAUCCUUUGGAUUCGAAGCAUCCGAGUUGCUCAAAGGUUUGGGGAUCCAGCUGCCGUUUAGCUCAGAAGCAGAUCUAUCGGAGUUUUUUGAUUCACCUGUGCCACUGGGAUUAUCUGUUUCGUCCAUUCUUCACAGGUCAUUUGUGGAAGUUAACGAGGAAGGAACCGAGGCUGCAGCAGCAUCUGCUAUAGUGACGAGGGGUACUUCACUUUUGAGAAGACACCCAGAUGAUUUCAUCACGGAUCACCCUUUCCUCUUCUUGAUCCGAGAAGACACGACUGGUGUGGUGCUGUUCGUCGGCCAUGUGGUCGAUCCCCUACUCGCUUAAUGUUGUAGGUCUGGUCUAAAUCAUAUUGCUUUUUGUUAUGUUGCAGAAACCUGUAAAUCUUUAACUCUGUAGCAAUUAUAUACAAAAUACUGCUACUAAAAGAGGCCGACUGACUGCGACCUACAUGAAUGAUUAAUUGCUGCUA